UGGGCCGACCCAGACCACAAUUUCUACGUUGCAACCUCUCUAUUAGUUUCUCACUCAUUCGUUGACUCCGAAUCCGAACACAGUAAAUCUCAGCCCGUCGGUCCGAUCCACCACCGAUGGACAACUCCGACGUGUUCGGCUCGUCCACGGCCCCGCUGACGUGGCACGACUUCCUCGAGCGGAUGCGCCACCCCUCCGCCGCCGACUUCGUCAAAGCUAUCAAAAGUUUUAUUGUAUCAUUUUUGAACAAUGCACCAGAUGCAGAAAGGGACAGUGUGGCUGUGCAGGAGUUCCUUGGUAAUAUGGAAGCGGCAUUCAGGGCCCACCCCCUUUGGGCUGGAUCUUCAGAAGAGGAGUUGGAGAGUGCAGGUGAAGGACUGGAGAAAUAUGUCAUGACAAAAUUGUUUACUCGUGUAUUUGCUUCCAUUCCUGAAGAUGUCAAAGCUGACGAGCAGCUUUAUGAAAAGAUGGCUUUGAUCCAACAAUUUGUAAGGCCUGAGAAUUUGGAUAUCAAGCCAACCUUCCAAAAUGAAACCUCAUGGUUGCUUGCCCAGAAGGAGCUGCAAAAGAUUAACAUGUACAAGGCGCCGAGAGAUAAACUUGUCUGCAUUCUUAAUUGUUGCAAAGUUAUUAAUAACCUUUUGCUCAACGCAUCGCUUGCGGCAAAUGAAGAUCAUCCUGGAGCUGAUGAAUUUCUACCGGUUCUCAUUUAUGUCACCAUAAAGGCAAACCCACCUCAAUUGCAUUCAAACCUGUCAUAUAUACAAAGGUUCAGACGACAAACUCGAUUGGUCGCAGAAGCAGCUUACUUCUUCACAAACAUGCUCUCUGUAGAAUCUUUCAUAUCCAAUAUCGAUGCAAAAGCCCUUUCGAUGGAUGAAGUGGAAUUUGAGAGGAAUAUGGAAUCUGCUCAAGCGCUUCUUUCUGGCCUCUCUCAGAGCACGGAUAACUCGUACAGUCAAAUGGAUCAACAUUUAGGACAUGUUCCCAGCGCGGAGCCUGUGGAGGCAAAAUCAGCUCCGAAUUCCAGGAAGCAGCAGCGUGCAGCAACACGUCCUCAGUCUCCCCUUGAAUCAUCCCAACCUAAAUCCAGGAACGAGGGAUUUGAUGGGAAAGAUCAUUUAUCGCUAGACAAACCUCCGUCAAUCUCAGACCUUGAAAACAAAGGUGCAGCUGAGCUGUUGAAGGAAGAAGAAGUGAACCAGCUUUUUCGGGAUUUCCCUUAUUUGUAUUCCCAGGCUGGUGAUCUGACGGUCGGCGACGUAGAAGAUCUGCUAAGCAACUAUAAGCAACUCGUGUUCAGGUAUGUUUGCCUUGCAAAAGGUAUGGGUGUGAGUCCUCCAUCUCUUUCAUCAUCUAAUACUCACAACGAGCAAACCCAAGUUGCAAUUGAUUCAGAAGAGAUUAAAGAAACUGAUCCAAAUGACGAAACGAGAAAGGACAUUUCUUCUACUGAUGCUGAUAAAUCAAUCGAAGGAUUGCUUUUGGGGUUGUAAACUACCAAAUUAAGGGCACCUGACAAAGCAGCAGUUGGAGGAGGACAAUCACCAAAUGUAAAGAAGAGUCAUUCUUCUGUUCUGUUUAUAUUUCUGUUUUUCUAAUUCUGUUCUUUUUCUUCAAAGAGUAUGAUAAACAGCUUAAAAUUUGUGAAAUUUAUGGAGAAAGUUCAGGUAAAUUAUGAGGAUGAUGAAAGUGUAGCCUAGUAUAAUACUCUUCAUUUUUACUUCACAUCAAAUGUCGUUGCAAUUAGAGAGAGAGAGAGAUUUUGUUGA